UAUGUUAUCUUACUCGAGAGAUUUUUCGUGGUAUCAUCCGUUUUUGACUGGAAAAAAAUGUUCCUUAUCGCCUCUUUAGACAAGAAUGCUAUGAGGACAUAUAUGACAUAAUUUAUUAUGUUGUUUUAGCCUUGUUGAUCGUUGGAAUCUAUUAAACUAAAGAUGGAGUUGGAUCCAAAGAAGAUUAUUGAAGUAUUGGAGAAAUAUGAAGCUGAAGCUGAUCAGGUUUUCGUAAUUCGAAGUCAGAUGGUGGAGAACGACAGGGAGAGGAAUGCGAACCGAGAGGCUCUUACAGCACUCAGGAAGAGAGCACGGACAACGAAGACUAGUGUUCCUUCUCCUUUUGAUUCUACGAUGAAAAUUACCCAACGGAAACCUAUGGCACAGGAAGUUUGCUCGACGUGUGGAUCCCAUGACUCUAGUGAACCCACGUGGAUGAUGCUCCCAGGAGCUGACCUUUUUGUUGCAGUUCCUUUUCAUGCUGUGCAUACAAUGCUGGAAAAAGAUGAAGAGAAGAUGGGGUUUGAAUCGAAGAAACUGCGGAGCUUACUGAAGGAGAAGACUCUUUUUCUAUCUGAACUUGGGGCUCUUGCUGAUAGCAUUCCUCCUGGCGUUAUCAGAUCUUUGGUUGCGUUAAAAGGACAAACCUUAAGCUUAAGUAGAACAAUGUUGGGAUGUUGAAGGAUUUGUAGAACUUGUUUCUCCUCAUUCACUAUAGGCAGAGUUUAUUAAAGGAGAAGACUCUUUUUCAAUCAGACACUUGUUUCUUUCUGCC